AUGGCGUCCUCCACCGAGCCGACCUACGACCCAGAGACCUACUGGGUCGCUCCCAAGCGCAACUUCCGGUCCUCGGCCCGUCUGCACUUCCAGCACGCGCUCUUCCAGAAGACCCUCAACAACGUGCUCCUGCAUCCAAGCAUCGACGCCGCCGCCUCCGGGUCCUCCUCUCUGCGCGUGGCAGACCUUGGCUGUGGCAACGGCGUCUGGCUCUCAGACCUCCACGACUCCCUCACCGCGCAGGGCGUCACCUCCCACCGCCUCGACGGGUUCGACGUCAACCCCGUCAACUUCCCGCCUGCCCACACCCUGCCCUCCAACAUCCACCUCAGCACCCUCAACGUGUUCAACCUCCCCGCCGAGCUCGAGGGGGUCUACGACGUCGUGCACCUCCGCGCCUUCGUCUCGAUCGUAACCAAGAACGACCCCUCGGCCAUCAUCGGCGUGGUCCUCCGCAUGCUCAAGCCCGGCGGCCACGUCCAGUGGGAGGAGACCCGCGUCGACCUGCAGACCUGCUCUUCGGCCGGGCCCGAGGUGAGCAAGACAGCCAACGAGACGCUCAUAAAGGUCAUCAACGCCGGCGGGGCCGCGCUGGGCAACACGUACGACUUUCUGGCCCAGCUCGGGUCCCAUCUCGAGAAGGGCGGGUUCGAGAGCGUCGAGAGCAAGCAGACACCCAAGCGGCCUGCGGAUCUAAAGGCCUGGACCGAGAACUACCUCAUGGUGUGGGAGGAGAUUCCGGAUCUCCUGCCGAGCAAGGCGCUGGCGCCCAACUCGCCGGUCACCAAGGAGAGCUUCACCGAGCUGUUUGUCAAGUGUGUGGAGGAGACGGAGAAGGGGGUUGUCGUGCACCAGGAGGGUGUGCUCAGUGUUGUGGCGAGGAAGCCCUUGUAG